AAGCUGAAUAUAAAUUCGAAAAUAGGCUCGCGACAUUUUAGUAAAAGUAAAACAUUUGCCCGCAGCAUUUCAAAUACAGAGCCGACCAAGUAAAUCGAAGAUAUGGAGGAUACUGCAGCUCUCAAUCUGACUAAACCAAUCCGUUGCAUCGUUAAACUUGGAGGUGCAGCAAUUACUUGUAAGAAUGAGCUAGAGAAGGUAAAUGAAGAGAAUCUUGAGAUUGUAUCUUCUCAGCUAAAGCAAGCUUUGAUUGCUGGGUCUGGGUCACAAAGAGUUCUUGGAAUGGAUUGGAGCAACCGGCAUGGGACAUCUGAAAUUUCAUGUGAUGUGGAUAAUUUUCAAGAGCAAACUUCCUUGGAUUCUUGCAGUUUUGUUGUUGUUCACGGAGCAGGUUCGUUUGGACACUUCCAGGCUAGCAAAUCAGGGGUUCAUAAGGGAGGAUUGAGCCAACCACUUGUCAAGGCUGGUUUUGUUGCCACACGCAUUUCUGUUACAACUCUCAAUCUUGAAGUUGUUCGAAUACUAGCUAGAGAUGGAAUUCCUUCCGUUGGAAUGUCUCCAUUUUCAUGUGGAUGGUCAACGUCACAAAGAAAUAUGGAAUCAGCUGAUUUAUCAAUGGUGGCAAAGGCGAUUGGCUCUGGAUUUGUACCUGUUCUACAUGGAGAUGCUGUACUUGAUGAAUUUCAGGGUUGCACCAUAUUGAGUGGUGAUGUUAUUAUACGUCAUCUUGCGGCCUACUUGAAACCAGAAUCUGUUGUUUUUCUUACAGAUGUUUUGGGCGUGUAUGACCGUCCACCUUCUGAACCCGGUGCAGUACUCUUGAGAGAGAUUGCUGUGAAUGAGGACGGAAGCUGGUCGGUCGUGAAUCCAACACGCCAGAACAUGAAUAACCAAGUUGAAAUAACGGUAGCAGCCCAUGAUACAACCGGAGGGAUGGAGACCAAGAUUUCAGAAGCUGCAAUGAUCGCAAAACUCGGCAUUGAUGUCUACAUUGUGAAGGCGGCAACAAGCCACUCAUUGAAAGCCUUAAGUGGAGAACUGCGAGGUACUAUUCCUGAUGAUUGGCUCGGGACGGUCAUUAGAUUUGUUGCUAAAGGAACGGGUAGUACCUGUUGAAUGAUGGAGGCAUUGGAUAUGAGGUUAUUAAUAUUUGCCAAAGUCUCUCAUAAAGCACGAAUAGGCUCAGAGAUAAUCAAGACUCGAGAAUCUGGAUUCCUCUUAUUCGACAUAUUCUAACUUAUGAAUUGCAUGCAGCGACUCUUGAGGCAUCUGCAAUGCACAAUCGCUGGUUCUGUUAAGGAGCGAGUUCAUUGUCUAGAAUAUAAUCAGGACUGCCAUUAGAAGCAGCGAAACGUACACUUUGCUUCACUAUGCUUGUGACAUGAUCUUCGAUAAGCAUGAGUCUGAGAUGUUUGAAGUGAAAAAUAAUAAUAAUAAAAUUAAAAAUAAAAAUUCUUCGGAAA